UUCGGCGUUUGCGUGGCAGGAGAGGCGGAGCCAAUUUUGCUAGGCUUUCUCGCGCGCUUGCAGCUGCGACAAGUGCUGGGGGUGGCUGCUAGUGCAGGUCGCCUUGCGUGGGAACGGGCUUCGUAGCUGAGAACGUCUCGUUUGUUGCUACAAAGACUCUAUUGACGUUGGUGGCUUUAGCCGCAGCAGCUUCUUACAGUAGGGACAGUUGCUUUCUGCGGAGGCUAACAGGCAUCCCUCUUAGGACUGCUGUAGGCUUCGAACCCCUAGCAGAGAACAUGCCGCGGGGACGAAAGAGUCGGCGCCGCCGUAACGCAAGGGCCGCAGAAGAGAACCGCAACAAUCGCAAGAUGCAGGCCUCAGAGGCCUCUGAGACCCCGACGGCCGUCCCUGUGGUCCCGAGCACCCCGGAAGAUGACCUGAGCGGCCCUGAGGAAGACCCGAGCACUCCGGGGGAGGCCUCCACCACCCCUGAAGAAACCCCCAGCACUGCUCAAGCGCAGAAGCCUUCAGUGGCCCGGAGCAAUUUUCAGGGCACCAAGAAAAGUCUCCUGAUGUCUAUAUUAGCCCUCAUCUUCAUCAUGGGCAACAGUGCCAAGGAAGCUUUGGUCUGGAAAGUGCUGGGGAAGUUAGGGAUGCAGCCUGGACGACAACACAGCAUCUUUGGCGAUCCAAAGAAAGUCGUUACGGAAGAGUUUGUGCGCAGAGGGUACCUGAUUUAUAAGCCAGUGCCCCGCAGCAGUCCCGUGGAGUACGAGUUCUUCUGGGGCCCUCGAGCACAUGUGGAAUCGAGCAAGCUGAAAGUCAUGCAUUUUGUGGCAAGGGUUCGUAAUCGAUGCUCCAAGGACUGGCCAUGUAAUUAUGACUGGGAUUCGGAUGAUGAUGCAGAGGUUGAGGCUAUCCUCAAUUCAGGUGCAAGGGGUUAUUCUGUCCCCUAGGGAAAUCUAAGCCAGACCCUUGGGGAGCGGGAGAGAGUAAAAGGUACAUCAAGCAAUAGAUGGCCUGGGUACUGAGUUGAAAAUGGCAUGGAUGGGGGCGGGGGGAACUGUAUUCGGUAUUUGUGCUCAGUGCUAAUUGUUUAACUGCAAACUCGAGUGUUUGCUUUGAAUAUUGUAAAAAUCGUAUUCAUUUUAUAAUAUGUUGAUUGAGAAUUACAGUGUGUUUAAAAUAUAAUUGAAUAUUGUUUUCCUUUUACUGUCAUUGAGAUUUAGUAUAACAGUUUUGCUAACGUUAAAAAAAUAAGUCAUUCCAUCUUAUCCUGUGAUCUGGUACAAUAUACCAUAGAAAUAGGCUGUUCUUUUGAAGUCAAAAUAAGCAGUAAAAUGUAGAAGGAUGAAAGAUUUGUUCAUAUAUGAACUUUCUAAAACCCUUUGUGUCUGCUGUUGUGUAAAGACUGACGUUUAUCAUGGCUUUGCUUAGCUACUGCGUAAUAUAGGGGAAAAUAAAAGCAUAAUGACUAAUA